AUGUCACAGUUGUCAACUGAGAAACUGCCUUGUUUCAGGUCCCCCUCCACCUACUCCCUCACUUUUAUCAAGAGGGGAAGAACACGGAACUAUCUCUAUCCACUCUGGUCGCCAUUCGCCUAUUACCUCUACUGCUACAAAUACCGGGUCACCCUCCGGGAAAAGAUGAUGCCUUGCUGGCCGUGUACUAAGAGUAUCACUUAUAAGGAAGAGGAGGACUUGACACUCCGGCCCCGCUGCUGCCUUCAGUGCUCCGAGUCCCAAGCAGGACUCCGGGUGGGCGGAAGUCCCGAGCAGGGUGAAAAAGAUGAAUUCAAGGAACUUUAUUCAGCUGGGAACUUAACGGUGCUUUCUACUGACCCCCUGCUCCAUAAACACCCGGUUCAGUUAGACUUCUACUUCCGCCUCACCCCCCAGACUUCGGCCCACUGGCACGGCCUUCUCUGUGACCAUCGCCUCUUCUUGGAUAUCCCCUAUCAAGUCGUGGACCAAGGCAACAGGGAAAGUUUGAUCGCAAUCCUGGAGUAUGUGGAGGAGAAGACCGGCGUGGACUCCGUGUUUGUAAACUUCCAAAGCAACCGAAAGGACAGAGGUGCCCUCCUCAGGGCCUUCAGCUACAUGGGCUUUGAAGUCGUCAGGCCAGAUCACCCUGCUCUCCCUCCCUGGGAUAAUGCCAUCUUCAUGGUGUACCCCCUGGAACGGGACCUGAGCCCCCUCUCUGAACACGCGGACGUGGGCUCGGCCACCGAAUAA